CUGCCGACUGGUGCCAGACCGCCAAUCGGAUGAAUUUCUGCUCUUCCCCUCUUUCUUCGCCGACCACCCUUCUUCCUAUGCGAUCCUUCUCUCUCGUCUUCUACCCCUUACCGAUCCCCUCUUCUGCAGUAGAUCGCGACACAAGCAACCAACAUCAGUUUGGAGUUAUGGAGACCGCGAACCGAAAUACUGAUUUGUCCUGCAUAUCCGCUAUUUUAUCAUGUUUCGCUCUCUCAGUGGUAUAUGUUGCAAGCCUUUAUGUGUGGAGUUCACCGUACAAUAGGGAACAUCCAACGACAAUAAAAAAGAGAUUUUUUAGCGUUUUCAUUAUAUCUCUUAUAUCUCCUGCAUUCUUGUAUUUUGGAAUGAAUGAGAAAGUAUUCCAAAAGGCAACAAUUUGGGAGUUAUUGGGUUUACGAUGGCCGGGUUUAAUUCAAGCAGUUGUGAUACCAUUAUUAUUAACAAUGAUACUAUUUCUAGGGCCAUUAAGUGUACAAGGUUUUAAUGGGCUUUGGAGGUUAUAUGCUGAACCUAUGUAUUGGCUUGGAAACGUACGAACAUUAACAUGGUGGAGAAAUCAAGUAGUUGCACCUUUGUCUGAAGAAUGGACAUUUAGAGCAUGUAUGUUACCAUUGCUUCUGCAAUGUUUUACACCAACUACUGCCAUAUUUGUAGGCCCCUUAUUUUUUGGGGUUGCUCACUUUCAUCAUGUAGUAGAAAGAGUAGAAACAGGCAUGAAACUUAAACAUGCACUUUUUAUAUCCUGUUUUCAAUUUACAUAUACAACAUUAUUUGGAGCAUAUGCAGCUUUUCUUUUUGCUAAAACAGGACAUUUAGCAGCGCCGUUUACGGCACAUUCUUUUUGUAAUUAUAUGGGAUUUCCUGAUCUUUCUGAGGUUGUAGCAUUUAAGGGUCCUUUAAAGAGAGCUGGAUUGUUUUCUUUAUUUGUAAUUGGAUUAGUAGCCUGGUGUUUUUUAUUAACACCAAUGACGAACCCGUCAUUAUUUCAUAAUAAUUUAUUUUGGCAUAAACAUUUUGUAUGAAGAAGUGAUUGAUUUUGCAACAAUGUCACUAAUGUUACUUAUGAUUUUAUGAAAAAGAUCAAUUUAAUUCGAAACUCCGUUAAUUUCAGAUUGCAUGAUAUUUUUGAUAAAAUAACUAUAAUGAUUGCAAAAUUAUACAAGAUUUCAUCAAAAGACUAACGGGUUUUUCUAAUAUAGAAGACAAUCGGAAAAAUUGGUUUCCGGUCAAAUCGUACAUUUUUCUGUGCAAUCAAAGGUGUUGAUCAUGCAAUAUAGAAAUAAUAUAAAUCACCGUAGUGCCUGAAAUUCAAUUAAAUUUAUGUAGUUGUAAUCAUAAAUACGAGUAACAACUUAGAGGGUUUUUCUUAAAAUAAAAAACGUUAAUGAAAUAUUAUGUAGUUAAAAAAUUUAUGACAUUGUUACAAUAAACAUGUUGUUUUGAAUGACAGACAAGUUACUUCUAUAAAAUGUAUCCUUAAAAAUUUGUUAUAAUAACGAUAUAUAAAUGUAAAAAUGUUUUCACUUUAAAAUAAGUUGACUUUGUAUUCUUAUUACAUGUAUAAAACAUGUAAGAAUUAACAAUACGUACAUUUAUUAUUUAUUUAAAACAGUUGUAACAGUAUUACAAUGUUUGCCAUAAAUGUGUAUCAGUAUUUAUACAGACAAAAGAACAUAAACAAAUACAUAUGAGAUAACAUACUAGUACUUACAAAU